GAAAAAUAUUCAAUAUGGCUACAUGUACGACGUGAGCUGUCAGCUGUACUGUGGUGUCUGGUGUAGUUUUUGUUUCCUUGUAUUUUUUGUUUUUAAAGGAAUAAUGUGAUUUUAAAUACUUACGUGAAUAUGGGUGCUAAAGACUCUAAACCUAGUUUUAUAUCUUACGAAGACGCGGUAAAAAGAGUGUCUGAUAGUGAAUUGAGGCGUUUACGAGAAGCUUUCAAGAGAUGUGCUGGUGUGAACGGUACGGUGCUGAGCUUGGACGCAUUCGUCCACGAAGUCCUCUGCGACGGAGUUCCGUACGAAGUAGCAGAGUGGCUGUAUCAGGCUUGCGGGGGAACCAAACGAGGGAUUGCAUUCAAGGAAUUGCUUUGCGGUAUCGUCGUCCUCACUAAAGGAAACUUAGAAGAAAAAAUCAAGUUCUUAUGGACUCUAUAUGUGAAUAAUCAAAGUGACAAUGGUACAUACAUAUAUAAGAAAGAUUUUGCAAGAGCAUUGAAUUUAGAAAAUACAUCACUGCCUGUAACUGAAACACCGAGGACUGGGGAAAUAUUAACAAGUCUAUUUGGUGCCGGGGAGAGGGUCACAUUUGAACAGUUCCGCUCCUGGCUGCUCAUUCACAAAGAUGCCACAAUUCUAUCCAAGUGGUUGCUGUACAAUAGAAAGAGCCAUGCUCAUGACUUGGAGACUCCAACUUUUUACCAAAGUUUAGCUGGUGUCACACAUUUAGAGGAAAGAGAUAUAAUAGAGCUAGAGAAAUGUUUCUGGUCGCUGCGCAACGGCACGCCAACGGGCGAGUUGGACGCGUGCAGCGUGCGCUCUCUGCUCGCGCCGCCGCUACCGCGCGCGGCCGUCGCCGGCGUGUUCCUGGCAUUCGAUGAGAACAGAGACGGACACAUUGACUUCAAGGAGCUGUGCUGUGGGCUCAGCGCCGCGUGCAGGGGCCCGCGCACCGAGCGGCUCAAAUUUUGCUUCAAAGUGUUCGAUCUGGACAGAGAUGGGAUGCUAAACAAGAAGGAGCUGGUGGACAUGGUGGGCAUCCUGUGCACGGUCGCCAACGAGGCGCUCAAGAACCAGGGCUCGCGGGCCUCCACGCCCUCCGAUGAGUACGACCCGGACAAGAGCUUCGACCCUGAGGUCAUUCUGCUCAAUCUGCGGGACAAGCUGGUCACUAUACCCAAGAAUGACAAGCCAGUGUUCCAGCUCGGGCCCAUGAAUGAAGAGAAUAUCAUCUCGUUGGAUCAGGAGACGGAAGAAGAGCAGGUGGAAUGCGAGAGCAUCGGCGCGGACGCGGCGCUGGCGGCGGAGGAGUUCCUGAUGUGGAGCGUGGAGAGCGCGGCGGCGCUGGUGACGCCGUUCCUGGAGCUGCUGUUCGACGUGUGCCACGUGGUGCUGGGGCUGCGGCCCGCCUGCAAGCACCACGAGCGGGACAUCGUGCUGGGGUGGCUGCGGCGCGAGACGUGCCGCGGGCUGGCGGUGGGGCAGUUCUGGUACCUGGUGGCGGCGCAGUGGUGGGGCGCCUGGCUGCAGCACGCCGCCGCGCCGCACGCCUGCUGCCGCGCCGCCCGCCCGCUCGACGACGCCAUCGUGUGCGACGACAGCUUCACCACCAACUCCACCGAGUCGAUGGGCUCGCUGAUGUGGCGCGCGGAGACCGCGUCGGUGUGCAGCGCGGGCAGCAGCAGCGGCGUGAGCAGCGCGCCGCCCCCCGCGCCCCGCGCGCCCCCGCACCCCGGCCCCAUCGACAACUCGCGCCUGCGCGCGCCCGACGCGCUGCAGGUGCGGUCGCUGACGGGCGAGGGCGGGCACCUGCGGCGCGACGUGACGCUGGCGCAGCACCGCGACUUCGAGCUGCUGCCCGACGCGCUGUGGCGGGCCCUCGCGCUGUGGUACGGCGGGCCCGACCCGCUGCCCCGACAGGUGAUACGACCGCCAAAUUCAGAAGUGGAGCUGGAGCUGUACCCGCUGCAGCUGAAAAUAUAUCGACACGUGCCUAACGCGCAGCGUGAGUAUCGCGCGGGCGCAGCGGGCGCGGCGUACAGCGCGGGGGCGGGGGCGGGUGGGGCUCCCGCGCGGCGGCUCGCGCACACGGCCGCCUUCUCGCGCCUGGCCACGGUGCGCCAGGUGCUGGACUUCCUGUGCGGCGCGCUGGGGCUGGCGCGCGACGCGGCGCGGCUGUGGGCGCUGGGCGGGGCUGUGGGCGGGGCGGGGGGCGGGGCGCUGCUGCUGGACGACGAGCGGCCCACGCUGGCCGCGCUGCAGCUGCCCGACGGCGCGCCGCUGCUGCUCGAGACGCGCAACGCCGACCUCACCUGGCCCGAGGAGAUCGGCGCGCUCGGCUCGUGCCGCGUGUCGGAGCGGCGCGAGACGCUGACGGCGCCGGAGCUGGCGGGCGCCACCGGCCUGCACAACCUCGGCAACACCUGCUUCAUGAACGCCGCGCUGCAGGCCGUGUGGAACACGAGUGCGCUGCGCGAGUACUUCAACUCGGGGCUGCACCUGCACGAGGUGAACAGCGCCAACCCGCUCGGCACCGGCGGCGCGCUCGCCGUGCGCUACGGGGAGCUCUGCAAGGAGGUGUGGACGAGCGGCGCGCGGUCGGUGGCGCCGCUGCGCGUGCGCUGGUGCGUGUCGCGCUGGGCGCGCGCGCUGGCGGGCGGCGGCCAGCACGACGCGCAGGAGCUGCUGGCCUGGCUGCUGGACGCGCUGCACGAGGACCUGAACCGCGCCGCGCCCCCCGCGCCCGCCCCCGCGCCCCAGCCGCCCGACGAGGGCUCGGGGGCGCGGCGCCCCGACCCGGCGCUGGCGGCGGAGGCGUGGGCGCAGUACGCGGCGCGCAACGCCUCCAUCAUGACGGACCUGUUCUGCGGCCAGCUCAAGUCGCGCGUGCGCUGCUCCGUGUGCGGCCACGAGUCGCUGCGCUUCGAUACCUUCAACAUGCUCAGCCUGCCGCUGCCCAUGGAGGCCUACGUGCGCGCUGAGGUCAAAGUUAUUCUCUUGGACGGAUCAGUGCCAGUGAAGUACGGAGUACGAGUUAACUCCGAAGGCACGUAUUACGACUUGAAGAAAUCUCUAUCUGAACUAUGUGGACUUUCACCUGAUGCCAUGCUACUGGCGCUGGUGUCGAACAGCCGCGUGUCCGCGCUGCUGGAGGACGGCGCCAAGGUGAGCGGCAGCACCGCGUGCGAGCUGCUCGCCUACCAGGUGCCGCUGACCGCCCGCCGGCACACGCCGCACCUGCCGCACCUGCCGCACAUGCAGCACACGCCGCACGCCGCAGACGAGCGCGGCGGGCGGUCGGAGAGCGCGGAGGUGAGUGUGGGCGCGCCGCCCUCCAGUCUCUGCAUGCCCGCACUCUUCUGCUUUAAGCGGUCGAGAUCGGAAAUUCUUAUGUCCCAGAGUCCGCCGAGCACUUUGUACGACAGACGACCGAGCGAGCUGCGCAGUCGCACGCUGCCCCGUAUGGGCGCGCGGGGCGGGGGGGAGUUCGGUGCGGGGCCGGCGGGGGGAGGGGGGGCCGGCGGUGCGGGGCCGGCGGGGGGAGGGGGGGCCGGCGGUGCGGGGGGAGCGCUCGCGGGGGGCAAGUGCGCCUCCUCGCCCACCGACCUGCACCGCCUGGACGAGCCGGCGCAGGAGGAGGAGUACACGCACUAUCUGUUUGCAGUGCAUAGGAAGCAGGUGCGGUCGGACGCGUACUUCCUGCCGUGGCAGCGUCGCGGCGCGGUGCUGUUCGGCGCGCCGGUGCUGGUGCCGCUGGCCCGCGGGGCGCCGGCCCGCCGCCUGUACGCCGCCGUGUGGGCGCAGCUCGCGCGCCUGCUGUCCGCGCGCCCCGCCGCCGACCGACACAACCACGCCACCGACUGCGACGACAGCCUGGGCUACGAGUUCCCGUUCACGCUGCGCGCGGUGGACGGCGCGGGCGCGUGGUGCGCGCGCUGCGGCUGGCCCGCGCUGUGCCGCGGCUGCGCGCUGCCCAACGACGACCGCCCGCUGCUGCUCGCUGGUGUGCAGCAGCCGCCGCCCGAGCCCGUGGAGAGCAGCCCGCACGCGCGCACGUAUUGGAGCACGCGGCUGGACGCGGGUGGGUCGCCCGGCGCGCGCGCCCGUCUGCAGCGCCGCAGCAGUGGGCGGGACAGCUUCGAUGAGACGGAAGUGCGAGGUAGCUCGGAGGCGCCGGGCGAGAUCAGCCCGGCGGAGUUCACAGCCCUCGUGCUGGGCGGCGGCGCGCGCGGGCUGCUGCUGGCGGUGGACUGGGAGCCCACGGCGCUGCACCUGCGCUACCAGACGGCGCGCGAGAAGGCGGCGCACGAGCACGCGUCCGUGGCGGCGGGCCGGCGGGCCGCGGCCACGGCGGUCGACCUGGCGACCUGCCUGCGCGCCUUCACCUCGGAGGAACGGCUCGAGCAGCGCUACCGCUGCUCCGCCUGCCGCGCCGCGCAGCCCGCCACCAAGAAGCUGCAGCUGUGGCGCGCGCCGCCCGUGCUCAUAAUACACCUGAAGCGGUUCCAGUACGUGAACAACAAGUGGAUAAAAUCUCAGAAGGUGGUGAACUUCCCGUUCCACGACUUCGACCCGACGCCGUACCUCGCGUCCGUGCCGCAGGAGACGAUCCUGCGGCACCGCGAGCUCAGCGCCCGCCGCAAGUCCUCCCUGCUCGUGGACGUGGAGGAGCCCGGGGCGGGGGGCGGCGCGGGGGGCGAGCCGGGGGGGCGGGGGGAGCCGGGGGAGCGGGGGGAGCGGGGGGCGCGCAGGCGGCUCGAGUCCAGCAGCCUGCUCACCACGCCCGUGCAGGACGACAACCUGGUGGACUACCACAAGCACCACCUCGUGCCCGAGCAGGACCCCUUCGAUUUGAAGUACCGGUUGUACGCGGUUGUGUCGCACACGGGGCAGCUGAGCGGCGGGCACUACGUGUGCUACGCGCGGCACCCGAGCGGCGCGUGGCUGUGCUACAACGACUCGUCGUGCCGCGCGCUGAGCUCGCCGGCGGUGGACCCGGCGGCCGCCUACCUGCUGUUCUACGAGCGGCAGGGGCUGCGCGGCGCCGCCUACCUGCCGCGCGCGCCCAGCCAGCCGCCCGCCCCGCCCCCGCCGCCGCCGCCCGACGCCGCCUGCGUGCUCGCCUAGCCCCGCCCCCACACUCGCCCCGCCCCCACACUAACGUGUGCACUCACCCGAUUCCUUUCUAAACAAUACGUUGUUGAUGAACGUGCGUGCGUGCGGCUUUUUGAAAUAGCAACGCACUUCACCUUUUCUAUGUCAAACUAAACUCAACAUUAUCGCGGUAGUGUUCAAUGGUUUAUGAUAUGGAUAUUUACUUAAUACGAUCAAAUCAUUAGUUGUAACGUUAAAUAAAUAUAUAUUAUAAUAUAAAUACAGAUAUCUCGGUAUAAACGCAUAGUCUGUGAUAAGAGCGCCAGUCGUGCAGCUAGUUGAAACGAACCAAAUGAAUUCGAUCCACAUUGUACAAUAUGUAAUAAAUGUCGUUGCGACAUAUCGUGACGAUAAAGUGUACACGAUAUUUUCUGUGGCCGGAAAUAGAACAUGAGAACGCUUCGAAUAAUUUAGAUGUUCAUUAUCAACGUGUAUGCUGAUUUAUUUGAUCGCCUCUUUCGUUGAAAACUCAUUAACUGUGGUAAAGGGACCAUACACGUGCGUCAUUCCUUCAUAGACGAUAAUGUCUAUGUUAUUCCAUAACGAUUCAUGCAUGUUGUUCCAUUUAUUAAAUAUAGAUAUGUAACAUGUGUAAUUACUUCAUAAAUGUUUAUUUGGACCCAAGUGAGUGCUAAAAAUUGUACAAAUAAUGAAGGCUAUAAAUUAUUAUAAUCAAAUGUUGCGUGUUAUAGAAGUGAACAUUAAUUGUCAGUUGUGUUACUCCAUUCUAUAUAGAUAUUAAGCGCCAUUUUAAAAUAGUAAACAGCUGUGUUAGAUAUAAUUUUAUUGAAGCAUAUAAGUAAUUUUAGUUAUCUGUGCUCAAACGAACAUACACUUUAGUUCUGUAUCCAAAUACAACAAUAUAGUUACACUAUUCUCAUGAUCAAAACACAAAACAUACUUUACUAUUAUUAUUAAUAAUAUAAAUGAUAAUAUAAUGUUAAUAAAAGAUAUUGUAUAAUUUAAAUUUCUUUCAUAUGUUAUUGGAUUGUAUAAUCAUUUAUAGUCAUGCAAUUAAAAUGGCAAAUAUUCAGGAUAUACUGGACCUUAUAAAGAUAAUUUCGAUUGUUAUAUAGCUUUAUGUCAUCAAACUAUUGUUAAAAAAUGAAAUAUUUGUCCGAUUUGUAGCAUAUGUAUUGUAAGCACUGUAUAUUAUAUUAAAUCUUUGGUAUAGGCACUUUACAACAAAAUUAUCUUUUUUGUAAAGUUGUGACAGACAACUUACUUCUCUGUUAGAGAAAUAAUGAAUUCAAUACAGAGACAUAUAAUUAGUAUAUAUCUAAAUUCCAAUAUAUGAUGAUAUUUUUUGUUACUAGAUUUCGUUAAGCAAGUUGAAUAUUGAACACAAGUAGGUCACUUGUGAUUGAGGGAGCCCUACUUUAUGUAUAUGAAGGAAAAUGCUAAAUUGAUUAAUCAGUGCCAUGUUUCAGUCAUGAAAUACAAAAGUAUUUCUAAAGUUUGCACAAUCAUAAGUAUUAUCUCAUAAGUUCGGUUUUUCUUAUUCCGUACUCGUCAUAGUCUCACCAAAAAUGUGUAUAUAAUAUUAUUAUGUUAGGUGUAAAGCGAAUGUGAAAGUAUAAAUAGAUGUAUUGGAACUGUUAAUAUUAGCUUAUAAUGUAUUAUGUUUAUGUAAUAAUUCUUUAAUUUCAAUAAAAAUUUCUAUAAAUAAUUAUAAUUAAUUUGUUAUCUGAAUUUUAAUUUAUUAUCU